GGGCAAUAAAUAAAUACAUAAAAUCGGUUUGAAAAUCCAAAGGACAUUCGCCGGAGAUCUCUUCCGCCGUUGAAGCGGGCGGUGGGUUUAGGGUUUCGGCCACGCUUGCUUCGGAUUGGUGGGAGCAGAUGAGGAGAACCGCCAAGAGAAAGCCCUCCUCCUCCGCCGGCCCGAGCGCCGACACUGGUGGGACGAACGCGGGUGACGGACACUCCGGCAAUGGGCAGCAGGACGAGACGCUCCGCAGAGUCCUCCGCUCUCAGUUCCUCGCCGUCAAGUCUCGGAUCAACGAUGAGAGAGAUAACUUAUUGAGGCCGGAUUCGGAUGAGUUUGCCUCCAUUUUCAGUGAAGUCGAGAACUUGCAUCAACUAGUUGAUAAGCCGAGAGAGCAAGUUGCGGAUGCCGAGGCAUUGUUAGACAUUGCGAGUACCUUGGUCAACUCGGUCAAGUCUUUUUCUAGCGAAGGGAUAACUCCGUCGGAUUUCAUCACCGGAUUACUUAAGGACUUUGGUCGCUGUAGACGAGUAUCAGGUGCCAGCACCUCGCAGAAUUAUGACCAUGUUUCAGUGAAGUGGAAAGAUCUGGGGCUCUCUGUUUCGCCAAUAUUCAGGAAGGGCUAUGGUUGCUGCACUAUGCUUGGACCAAUGAACACUCAACUGAAGCAAAGGAAGACGCCUGUUCACCGAAAACACACAAGGCCCACUGAAAGUGCUCGGCCAGAAGAGCUUGAUGAUGCUGGAAAAGAAGAGAAAACAGACACUGACCAGAACAUGGCAACAAUGUUCGGGAUUUUAAGGAGGAAGAGGACUGUCAAGCUCGACCACUUGAUUUUGAAUAGAAGAUCUUUCGCACAAACUGUUGAAAAUCUUUUUGCUCUUUCUUUCCUGGUUAAAGAUGGGCGAGCUGAGAUCUCUGUGGAUGAUAAGGGCACUCACUUAGUUUCCCCAAGGAAUGCACCAGUUGCCAAUACUGUCACUUAUAGUCACUUUGUCUUCAGAUUUGAUUUCAGGGAUUGGAAAUUUAUGAUUGACACGGUGCCAAUUGGAGAGGAAUUGAUGCCUCAUAGGGAACAGUCAAACAACUCGACUGCUACAGAACCGGCAGCAGAAUCAGCACCAGAACAAGCAGCAUGUAAUUCUGAAGCAGCAUUGCCCACAACACCAAUUCGGAAACUGACUAGAAAUCGCGGUCUUGUUGUACAGGAAGAAACAGUGGUCGAAGACUCCCCUGAGAUAGAGGGCGAUGAUUCCUCAAGAACUAGAGCUAUCCGGAAAUGUAAGCGCAAGCUUCGCUGAGAGAAUCGAGAAGUUCCCUAGUGUCACGGCCUAUUUUGUGUAGUACUUCUGUAUAUAUUGCUGGAUAGUAGGGUGUAGUUAGCAGUAGACUUUAGGGUCGUGAUCAGACGAUCCUUCUGCUUUUAACUCAUUGCUUCCUUGAUGGCCAUUGUUUUUGACCUCCGUGACUUUGAAGUUAUGUGAUUAUGAGUUCUCGUAUCUCUGAAUUUAUGUAAUUA